AUGGCACAACCUCAAACAAUGGCAAUGCCAGAUUUAUCAAACGCAAUCGUAGCCCAAGAUGAAAUGGGUAGACCCUUCAUCAUCGUAAAAGACCAAGGCAAUAAAAAGAGGCAAAACGGUAUCGAAGCCAAAAAAUCCCACAUCCUUGCUGCUAGAUCCGUCGCUUCCAUCAUCAAGACAUCAUUGGGGCCUCGUGGUCUUGAUAAGAUCUUAAUCUCUCCAGAUGGUGAUAUCACAAUUACUAAUGAUGGUGCUACCAUUUUAUCUCAAAUGGAAUUAGAUAAUGAAAUUGCUAAAUUGUUAGUACAAUUAUCUAAAUCUCAAGAUGAAGAAAUCGGUGAUGGUACUACUGGUGUUGUCGUAUUGGCUAGUGCUUUAUUAGAUCAAGCUUUGGAAUUGAUUGAAAAGGGGAUUCAUCCAAUUAAAAUCGCUAAUGGGUUCGAUGAAGCUGCUAAAUUGGCUAUUCAAACUUUGGAAGAAAAGGGAACUGAUGAUAUUAUGUUGAAUGAAAAUGAUCAACUCUUUAAUGAUUAUCUUUUUAAAGCUGCAAAAACUUCUUUAGGGUCUAAGAUUGUCUCGAAAAAUCAUGAUAUGUUCGCUCAAAUGGCUGUAGAUGCUGUCACUAGUGUUAUGAAUAAGGAAAGGAAAGAUGUAGAUUUCGAUUUGAUUAGAUUACAAGGUAGAGUAGGUGGUUCUUUGAAAGAUUCUAAAUUAAUUAAUGGUGUUAUACUUGAUAAAGAUUUCUCUCAUCCACAAAUGCCAACUGUGGUGCUACCUAAGGAAGGCGAAGAUGGCGUAAAAUUGGCCAUUUUAACUUGUCCCUUUGAACCACCAAAACCAAAGACUAAACAUAAACUAGAUAUAUCAUCAGUUGAAGAAUAUCAAAAGUUACAAACUUAUGAACAGGAUAAAUUUAAAGAAAUGAUAAAUUUCGUCAAAGAAGCAGGUGCAGAUGUCGUCAUAUGUCAAUGGGGGUUCGACGAUGAAGCAAAUCAUCUUCUUUUACAAAAUGAAUUACCUGCAGUAAGAUGGGUAGGUGGCCAAGAAUUAGAACAAAUUGCUAUCUCUACAAAUGGUAGAAUCGUUCCAAGAUUCCAAGAUUUAACAAAGGAAAAAUUAGGUACAUGUGCCAAAGUUUAUGAAUUAGAAUUUGGUACUACAAAGGAUAGAAUGUUAGUCAUUGAACAAUUAAAAGAUUCCAAAACUGUAACAUGUUUUCUACGUGGUUCCAAUAAGAUGAUAGUGGAUGAAGCUCAACGUGCAUUACAUGAUUCCCUUUGUGUAGUACGUAAUUUAGUGAAAGAUUCUCGUGUAGUUUAUGGUGGUGGUGCUGCAGAAGUGACAAUGUCUCUAGCAGUCUCAGAGGAAGCUGAUAGACAACGUGGUAUUGAUCAAUAUGCCUUCCGUGCAUUUGCUGAAGCUUUAGAUACAAUCCCAAUGACUUUAGCUGAAAAUUCUGGGUUAGAUCCAAUUGAAACUUUAUCUAAUUUAAAAAGUAAACACGUUAAGGAAAACAUUUCGUGUGUAGGUGUUGAUUGUUUAGGUAAAGGUACGAAUGAUAUGAAGGAAUUAUUUAUAGUUGAUCCAUUCAUUGGUAAAAAGCAACAAGUCUUAUUGGCCACUCAAUUGUGUAGGAUGAUUUUGAAGAUCGAUAAUGUCAUUAUAAGUGGUAAAGAUGAAUAUUAA